AUGUCCUGCAACAGUUUCCGGAUGUGUUUACGGGAAUUGGGCGACUCCCUGGGACAUACAGUAUCCACCUACGUGACGACGCAGUCCCUACAGUCACACACGCCCCGCACAGUUCCAAAAGCUGUUGAACAGCAAGUAAAGGAUGAAUUGGAGCACAUGCAAAAAAGUGGCAUAAUUGCAAAAGUCACAGAACCUACUGAAUGGGUUCACCCCAUCGUAAUAACCGUCAAGAAAAACGGAACUGUGAGGAUUUGCCUGGACCCCAGUAACUUAAACGCUGCUGUGAAACGACCACAUUACCACAUUCCUGUCAUUGAAGAACUCUUUGCAGGGCUUGCGAACUGCAAGGUGUUCACUCUUCUUAAUGCCAAGCAUGCAUUUUGGCAGCUGGCACUUGAUGAACCAAGUUCCUACAUGCGCACAUUCACUACCCCAUGGGGCCGUUAUCGUUUCCUAAGAGUACCAUUUGGACUGUCUGUGGCACCUGAACUCUUUCAGCAAGCCAUUGAUUCUGUGUUUGAGCACCAACAGGUUGUCAAACCAUAUUUUGAUGAUGUGUUGAUCGCAUCCAGGAACGUGAAAGAACAUGAAGACCAUCUCAAAGUGGUGCUAACGACAGCUCGGGCAGCAAAUCUAAAGUUCAACAAGGAAAAAGCACAGGUUGGUCUAUCAAGGAUCACCUAUCUUGGACAUGAACUAUCGCCAGAGGGUAUUGCACCAGACCCAGAGAAAGUAAGAGCUAUUGAGGCACUCCCUCUGCCUAAGGACAAGCCUGAACUUCUACGAUUCUUGGGUAUGGUGACGUUCUUAACCAAGUUUAUACCUAACUUCUCCACGAAGACAAGUCGUCUUCGAGAACUUCUUAAGGCUGACGUACCCUGGCAUUGGACGGAGCAGCACACUGAGGACUUCAACGUCCUAAAACGCACACUCAUGACAGCACCAGUGCUAGCAUUCUUUGAUCCACACAACCCCAUCCUGAUAUCAACAGACGCCAGUUCCUAUGGCCUGGGAUCAGUCCUCAUGCAAUGCAACAAACCACUCGGAUAUGCGUCUGCAGCAUUGACUACCCCUCAGCAACAAUACGCGGAAAUUGAAAGAGAGCUUCUUGAUGUUGUAUUUGCGUGUGAACGCUUUCUCUACUUCACAUUUGGAAGAACGGUCACUGUGGAAACAGAUCACAAGCCCCUGGUUUCCAUUCAGGAGAAGGAUUUUAACAAAAUUUCUCCGAGGCUUCAACGGCUCCUGCUCCGCCUGCAGCGCUAUGAUGCCAGACUCAUUUAUGUACCAGGGAAGCUUCUAGCUGUGGCAGAUGCUCUUUCAAGAGCCCCUGACCAUACUGCGACAGUCACCACGUCUGAUUAUGAUCCAGGUCCUCUGGUAUGCACCCUUGUGCAUGCAUCACCAUCUAAGCUGACUGAAAUUCAACAAGCAACAGCAAGAGACCCUGCCCUGCAGCAAGUCACAAGAUACAUCAGGCAUGGUUGGCCUAAGCACCUUUCUGGUGUACAUUCUGCAGCUAGGCCGUACUACUCAAUCAGGGACGAGCUAUACCUCAGUAAUAACUGUGUCUGCUUUCGACAACGCUUAGUCAUCCCAAAAGUCUGUCGGGCUGAGGUGCUUGGAAAACUUCACAUGUCCCACAGAGGUGUUACACUGACAAAGAGCGUCGCUCGAAAGGCUAUAUAUUGGCCUGGACUUGACAAAGAUAUUGAGCAGAUGGUAGUCACCUGCGAACUUUGCCAACGCUAUCAGCGAGCAAAUCCACAGCAGCCUCUUCUCGACAGAAACAUUCCAGAUCGCCCUUGGGAGCGUAUCGCAAUGGAUUUUUUCCAUCUCAACGACUCCACUUACUUGAUUCUUAUCGACUACUUUUCGAAGUUUGUUGAAGUUAAGAAAAUGGAAGCGAUCACUGCUGCUGACCUUAUUCACGUCCUCAGUGAAAUUUAUGCACGAUUUGGUACACCAUCAGAGGUUGUCAGUGACAAUGGCCCUCCAUUUGAUUCUCGGCAGUUCACCGAUUUCAACAAGCAGUGGGACAUUUUGCAUGUAACGUCAUCACCCCACUACCCUCGUGCUAAUGGUCAAGUGGAAAGGGCUGUACAGACCAUCAAGGCAUCGUUGAAGAAAGCUCUGGAAGAAGGAAAGGAUCUGAAUAUUGUCCUUCUGGACUACAGAACAACACCAGUCAGUGGAUCUCUGACUCCAGCUGAGCUGCUGAUGGGAAGGCCAUUGAGAACAAUGAUUCCAGCCCAUCCAGAUACGUUAAAUCCACAUUUCCCAACACAAGACCACAAGCAGCAGCUUGAACAAAAGCAGAGAUUUCAGCACAGACAUGGUGACCAACACACCAGGGAACUUCAACCGCUUGAUGUGCAUCAGCCUGUUUGGUAUUGGGACAGUGGUACAAGGGAUAAGGUCUGGAAGAAGGCCAUCAUCGACAGACUUGGGCAGAGCCCAAGGAGUUAUGUCAUCACUACAGAAUCUGGUGCUCAGCUGAUUCGGAACAGACUGCACCUUCGCCCAAGAGUUGUGCAGUCUUCUAGUCCUCGUAUAGGAACACCUAUACGUCGUCCACGUUCAGUCGAGGACUAUCACGCUGUUCUUGAAGAAGCGGAGCCCUUGUUCGCAGACAGUGUCACCAAUCGACUUCCUCAUCAAACGAGGUCUGGAUGA